AAACCAAAACAAUUUGAUUUUCCAUUUGUGGUUCGCCUUUCUCCUUCCUAUUUCAUAACCCUACCUUCUAGUUCUGCCAAUCAGUAAAACCCUAGCCCCACUUUUCAUUUCUCUCUUUAUCCUCCAUAGAUCUCAGAACCCUAACUUCCAUGGGUACCAGAAGAAGCAAUGACAACGAUGGUGCUAGCCCUGGGAAAAUAUUCAUUGGAGGCUUAGCGAGGGAUACAACUUCAGAGACAUUUAUAAAGUACUUUGAAAAGUAUGGGGACAUUACAGAUUUUGUUAUAAUGAAAGACCGGCAUACGGGUCGCCCCCGUGGUUUCGGGUUCAUUACCUUUGCGGAUCCUUCUGUUGUUGACACUGUUAUGCAAAAAGAUCAUGUCAUUAAUGGCAAGCAAGUUGAGAUUAAGAGAACUAUCCCGAAAGGUUCUUCGCAGUCAAAUGACAUCAAGACAAAGAAAUUAUUUGUUGGCGGGAUUCUGACAUCUGUUACCGAAGAUGAAUUCAAGAAUUUCUUCUCAAAGUAUGGAGAGGUGGUGGAACAUGAGAUAAUACGAGACCACGCGACAAAGCGAUCUCGGGGUUUUGGGUUUAUUGUGUUUGACAGUGAAGAAGUGGUUGACAAUAUGCUGGCCAAUGGAAACUUGAUAGAUAUGGAGGGUACUCAGGUUGAAAUCAAGAAGGCUGAACCAAAGAGAGCCUCAAACCCAGCACCUGGUCCUGGAUAUGGUAGGGAAUCUAAUAUACGCUCAUACAACGAUGGUUUUGGUGGAUUUUGUGACUAUGGUGGUGAUGGUGGUUAUGGUCCUGGUCCUUAUAGGUCUUUUGGAGGUUUUGGCACUAGAUUUGGAGAUUAUGGUGGUUAUGCUGGUAGUGGUGCUGGUUUUGGUGGUAGUUAUGGGGGGUUUGGUGGUGGUGGUUUUUAUGGUUAUCAUGGAGAUCCAUCAUUUGGUUAUUCUAGCAGCUUUGGUUCCUAUGCUGGUGGGCUUAGUGGGAGUGGUAUAGGUGCAUAUGGACGUGCAGGUGGCGGCUAUGGAAGUUAUGGUGGUUCAGGCUCAAGUGGUAGUUAUGAUUCAGGCCCGGGUGCUGGUUUUGGUGGUCCUGUAUAUGGUAGUAGAACAGGAUACGGAGGCAGUAGUCGCUAUCAUCCUUACUCAAGGUAGAGCAUGAUUAAGAUCUUCCAUAGAAGUUGCCCCAGGUUUUCAAAAUCUUCAGCAUUUCUCGUCGCACAGUUUGGUAGGCACCGUGCACUUUUGCAAGUUAGCACUACCUAAAAAGAUCCGAGGAACAAUUAGAUUCGCUUGUCUUCGGUCCAUUGCAUAGAGAACCCAAGUUAGAUCAUCAUCAGCCUAGAGCUUCUCAUCAAAUGGCAAACUUGAAUUUUAGUGUAGCUGCUAUCUUUUGCAUUAAGUUUCUUUUUCCCUUUUUAUUGUAGUCGAAGACUUCUAUCUUGUUUUGAGCUUUAGUUAGAAUUACUUUUGAGGUUUGGCUGUAACUUUUAGGCAAUUAGUAAUCAUACGCUAGAUUGUCGAUCACCUAGAGGGGUGGUUGCGUCUUUUAACAUUCUAGUUUUCUUGGCAUGUAAAUCUCAAGUCGUAGGUAACUUUCAGGGGAAGCAAAUGCAUCAGAGGUAAUUGAACUACUCAGUUUAAGCUUCUGGUAUGGCAGCAUACCGUUGAACUAAACUGCAUUUAAGCUUAGAUGGCUUGAAAUGCUCGUAGCUAUAGAUAGCUUUUGUGUGUGUGCACAUUUUGGGGGAAUGUAUAGAUAGUUCAGAUCAAAAGGGUUUGUAAAUGUUUGUUGAGAAGGUCCUAUACACUAACCCUGAGGAAGUAGUCAAUGAAACAUAUUGGUUUUGGCUGAAUAAAAAGUUGCUUGUGAUAAUAAUAUACGCUCCGGUGGUGGAUGUUUACUCGGACUAGGAUGUAAAUGUUGGCAUGUAUUUAGACAGCUUUCCGAUAUUUAUGUUGGAAUAUUUUUCAAGCAAAAUAGAGUUUGGGAAAUAUAGGGGGUGAUAGGUACACUUGUUCUUGCA